CCUUGGAACUGCGCCCUGGAAGGUCGACCGUCUUAUAAACGGGACGGAGUGGACAAAUGCCAAGCCUAUCAUCUUCUAAAGUAGGUAAAGUAAAGGGACUUUCUUUCUAUCCAGCGAGCGAAUCCACAACGGACCGUUACCCAACAAAACAAGGGUUCUCACGUAACAUGUAUGUUCGUGAGCCUACGGGGCUUUUUUCAUUCGUCUAAAAACGGGCCACCGAGAGGAUUUCCCCCAGUCUUUUCCAGGAUUCUAUUCACAGAUUUUAAAACACGCCUGCCAGCCAUGUUUUCGUCCAACUCGUCAACAUCAUGAUCUCGUCGAGGCAGAGUCGCUACCUGCUUUAUCUCGGUGCCCCUGCCGUGAUCGGCGGCCUCGGGCUAUUCAUCUGGUCUCUGUGGUUCGGCGUUAACUCCGAUCGAGAUAAUGUACCCUCCCUGCUCAAUCAACUCAUCCCAGCAGGCCAUUGUUCUUGUCAAGCGGCCCUAUCAUUCCAAUGUGCAAGUUGCCUUCAUUGCUCUUCCCAAUCACCUGAAAUCCCAACACCAGAGAUGCGGACUUACAGCCCUAUUUAUGAUGCGCAAAAUCGAUCCCUUGACGCUGCCCAAUGCCAGAGCUUUUUUCCAGGUCUGUUCGAGGAUAUUCACCGCGCACGGCAGUUCUGGUCUGUGAAGCGUGAGCUGUCUAGGAAUGACAUAGACGGAAUUCGCCUCGUCGAUGGUAUGGCUCGUGCAGCCAUCGUUCGCGGCCAACUAUACGUGGUGUCCUCUCAUGCUAAAGGGGAUGACCACCGACGCAAGAUUUUAGGAAUCCUAGGAUCAAUCCACCGAGCGUUAGCAACAAAUCCUGACCCUUCAUCUAUACCAGAUACCGAGUUUAUCUUCUCUGUUGAAGACAAAGUGGAUGAUGUCGCCGGUCCCUAUCAUCCUCUGUGGGUGUUGGCCCGAAAGCCAGACGAGGAAGCAGUGUGGCUCAUGCCAGACUUUGGUUUCUGGGCUUGGGAACACGGCAAAGUCGACGGGGAUAUCGGUCCGUAUACUCGGGUGGUUGACCGUAUUCGGCACAAGGAGGUACCUUGGGAGGAAAAAGAAGCGAAACUGGUGUGGAGGGGAAAGCUGAGUUUCGCGGCGAAAAUGCGGCGAGCAUUACUGGAGGCUGCGAGGAAUCAGCCGUGGGCCGAUAUCAAGGAAAUCGUGUGGAAGGAACGGAAGAAUUUUAUCAGCAUGGAGGAUCACUGCCGGUAUCAGUUCAUUGCUCAUGUCGAAGGGCGAUCAUAUUCUGCGUCGCUCAAAUAUCGCCAGGCGUGCAGAUCCGUCGUCGUCGCACAUAAACUCCAGUAUAUCCAACAUCAUCACUACCUCCUUAUCUCCUCCGGUCCAGACCAGAACUUUGUCGAAGUAGAGCGUGAUUUCUCCGACCUCCCAGCGAAGAUGCAGCAUUUGCUGGACAACCCUGCGUCAGCUGAGCGGAUCGCAAACAACAGUAUCACUACCUUUCGUGAUCGAUAUUUGACUCCAGCUGCCGAAUCAUGUUACUGGCGUGAAUUAUUUUCUCAGUGGGCGGCGGCGUCACCACAUGUUACUGACACGAUCCCAUCGUCUGAAUUCGAGCUGAGAGGAAUGCGUUACGAAUCUUUUUUGUUACUCGACAGUCAGAGAAUGCUCGCUUUCCCAUAAUUGGUACCUCAUGUACAGAUUUAGAGGCCAUGA